CCCGCUUCCUCCUCCUCCUCCUAUCCCUCUCUCUCUCUCACCUCCAACACCGUCGCCGGCCCUGAGCUUCACUCUUCGCCGCCGACGCCUCCCCCCUCCAACUCUCCCGGACGCCCCUGCCUCCCUCGUUCUUCAUCUCAGGAGAAAGAAUGAAGUCUAAGAACAAGAGCUCUAUGCCAAUUGACUCGGCGAAAGAGGAACAGAAGAAGCAGAAGGGGAAGGGGAAGAUGAAGGUUCCCGAGGGGAAACCGGAGCGGCCGCAACCAGUGGAGGAGGAAGUAGACUCCGAUUCUGUUUACGACUCUGGUGCUGAAGAUGAGUGGACUCAAUCAGAGGAAAUGUCUGGUAGUGAACGAUCUGAUUCAGAGGAUUCUCCAUCAAUCAGAGACACAGACUCAGAAGAUGAAGAGAGGGGUUCCUCCAAAAAUGAGAUUGCAGAUAUAUGGAAAGAAAAUGAGAUUAAAGAUGGUGAGCUCAACACCAGCAGAAAUGAUGGCUUGGCUAUUGAUCAUGGUAAAGAGGAGGAAAGUGAUAGUUAUGAACUUCAUGAACAAGUCGAGGAAAGUGAUUCAUCUGAAGAUGAGGUUGCUCCCCGGAAUACAAUUGGUGCUGUUCCUUUAGAGUGGUAUCAGGAUGAGAAACAUAUUGGUUAUGAUAACAGGGGGAAGAAGAUAAAAAAGAUGGGAAGAGAAGAUAAAUUGCAAUCCUAUCUUGCUAGCGCUGAUGAUUCCAAAAGUUGGCGCAAAUUUAUUGAUGAUUACAAUGCUGAGGAAGUAGAAGUGACAAAAGAAGAUAUAAAAACUCUAAAUAGGUUGCUUGAAGGAAAGGCGCCACAUGGGGACUUUGAUCCUUGCUUGCCUUAUGUUGAUUGGUUUAAAUGGGAUGACUCCUUACAUCCAUUGUCAAAUGCCCCUGAACCCAAGAGACGAUUUAUUCCUUCAAAAUCUGAAAGUAAACUGGUGAAGAGGUUAGUAUUAGCAAUUCGGAAGGGUUUAAUUAAGCCUAGAAAGGACGAAGAAGAGGAAGAAGAAACUGUUUAUCCCUUGUGGGGAGAUGACUCUAAUUCAAUGGAAAAGGAUGGUAGCCAUUUAUCUUAUAUUCCAGCGCCAAAGCCAAAAUUGCCAGGGUAUGAGGAGUCCUUCAAUCCUCCCCCAGAAUUCAUCCCAACAAAAGAAGAGAUUGAUGCUUAUCAGCUGAUGUAUGAGGAAGACCGCCCUAAGUUCAUACCGAAAAGGUUUACAUCUAUGAGAAGCAUCCCUGCAUAUGAGAAUGCUAUUAAGGAGUGCUUUGAAAGAUGUUUGGAUCUAUACUUGUGCCCCAGAGUUCGUAAGAAACGUAUCAAUAUCAAUCCCGAAUCUCUGAAGCCCAAGCUACCAAGCCGAAAGGAUCUGAAGCCUUAUCCUGUGAAAUGUUAUCUACAGUUCAGAGGUCACAAAGAUAGAGUUACUUCAGUCUCCACAGAAGUUUCAGGACAGUGGAUUGCAUCAGGUUCAUUGGAUGGAACUGUGCGUAUCUGGGAGGUUCAAACUGGUAGAUGCCUCAAAAUCUGGAAGAUUGGAGAAGCUGUCACAUAUGUAGCUUGGAAUCCCAAUCCUGAGUAUUCCGUACUGGCUGUCUCUGUGGGACACGAUGUACUUAUUAUCAAUACCGGCUUUGGGAAUGAAGAAGUACAGGAAAAGACUAAAGAACUUCUUUCUGCUGAAUCACCUACCACACCAGAUGACACGGCUACCUUUGUGAGCUGGAUUCAAGAUGAAACACAUGAGGGCACCAGAUUAAGACAUUUUAAGACUGUGUCUUCAGUGGAAUGGCAUCGUAGAGGAGACUACUUUUCAACUGUGGUGCCAACAGGCCAAUCAAAAUCAAUUUUUCUGCAUAAGCUCUCUCAGAAGUCUAGCCAGCCACUUUCGAUCAAGUUGGGUGGGUUUGCAGUUACUUCUGUUUUCCAUCCUGUUCGCUCGCAUAUCUUUAUUUCUACAAAGAAAACUGUUCGUCAAUAUGAUUUGGUAAAGGGAAAGCAAAUCAGAAAGCUUGACACAGGAUUGAAAGAAAUUUCCUCCAUAGCAGUUCAUCCUUCUGGUGAUCAUGUAAUUGUGGGGAGCAGAGAAGGGAAGUUUUGUUGGUUUGACAUGGACCUUUCAACUAAAAAACCUUACCUCAUUCGCCAGUGGCAUAAAAAGGACAUCAACAGUGUGGCUUCACAUCGUCUGUACCCGUUGUUUGCAACAUGCUCUGAUGAUUGCACCGUACAAGUUUCUCAUGGCAUGGUUUAUUCAGAUCUUAAUCAGGACCCUCUUAUAGUUCCAUUGGAAAUACUCCGAGGUCAUGCAAGCUCAGAUGGGCGAGGUGUAAUGGAUUGUAAAUUCCACCCAAGGCAGCCCUGGUUGUUCACAGCAGGUGCCGACUCAGUGAUCAGACUUUACUGCGAUUAAGAAAAGAGAGAUGAAACUACUUUUGUAUACACUAGUUGAUCUAGCAUCAUUACUUGGGGCACUUUCUCUGCUCUAUAAAUUUUCCAUCGCAAUUUUGAAAUCAUACAACUGAUCGUCAUUAAAUCAGUUUCCCUUUGUUAUUUAUUAUUUCUUUGGUGUUACGGUGGGCAUUAUACAGG